UUUUUUUUUUUUUACGGGAGUCACUCAAAAACACAGCGCGUUGUGAAGCGGCAGCUGGCAGCACUGAAGAUGAUGGGAAGCAGCUCUCUGAGUGCAGACAGAGCUCGCAGUCCUCCGGUGAAAGUCUUGUCCAGUCAGCUGCGUGAGGGCCGAGAGUGUCCGACAGCGAGCGGGAGAGCGGAGUAUGUUAUCAGGCGCCUGGGUCCCGGUGAACAGCGCUGUUUACCGGUGUCUGUGGUCUGGAUGCAGGGCACUGUGCUGGAGGUGCAGUCUGACCACAACACCGUGCUCAUUCUGGACGAGACCGGCAACUUUGUCGUCAGCGGCAUUAACAGCGUGCCCAAAGGAAAACCCUGCCUGAGUCCUGGUAAAUAUGUCAUGGUUAUGGGUGUCAUCCAGUCACAUAGUCCAGAGCCGGUGCUGCGUGCUGUGAAGAUGGCAGAUCUUUCUGAAAAUGCUUUGAUUCACAGGAAAAACUGGAUCUAUGAAGUAGAAGAUCUCCAGCAGAUUUUGCCCUAAAUCUUUGUUUGCUUCAUGAGACUGAUGCGUUUGUUUUCUGGUGCAGCACUUAUAAUAUUUGCCAAGUAAAAAGAGGGAACAAACAGAAAUUGCAUUACAUAUACUACAGGGCUUUUAAGUGCGAAAGCAUAUGUUUAUUUAUAUAAUAUUUUUCUACAUCAGUUUGAUUACAGAAAGAAGAACUGAGAAUAAUUGCA